AUGGAGUGGAGAACGGUAGCACUGUCUGUCUUUAUGAUAAGCCUUUGUUUUCUGGCUAUACCUAUCAAAGUGCCAUCAUCAGACACAACUGAUGAUGAUCUGAGAUUAUUUGAGACUUACAUUUUGCGUUACAAUAAAUCUUACCGUCAUGAUCCGAUUGAGUAUGAUAAAAGAUUUAAACAUUUUCAAGUUUCGCUUCGAGGGAUCGAGAAGAUGAAUAAAUUAAGAACAUCACCGGAGAGUGCUUACUACGGGCCAACAAAGUACUCAGAUUUGUCAGAGGAUGAAUUUCUAAAGCUGGCAUUACGUAAAGAUUUAUCAACUCGUGCUGCAAGACAUCGAAUUGACCGUUUUAUGCGUCAAAAAUAUUCCAGUGCCGAAGGUAAUUUAAUACGCUACGAGAGAGCGGUAAGAAUACCACCUAAGAGACUUGACUGGAGAACGAAGGGAGUUGUUACACCGGUUAAAAGUCAAGGAAAUUGUGGAGCUUGUUGGGCUUACAGUACUGUCGAAUGUAUUGAAUCAAUGAUUGCUAUCAAAAAUCAUACACUUACAUCCUACAGUGUCCAGGAGAUGAUUGACUGUGCUGGCAACAAUAAUUUUGGUUGUCAAGGAGGAGACAUUUGCAGUCUACUGUCCUGGCUCGUAGACAAUAAAGUAUCUGUCUCAACAGAGUCUUUUUAUCCGGUAACUGGAAAAACGGACACUUGCGUACUAGAGCGAUCAGCAAAAUCAACAGUUCGAGUUACUGAUUUUACAUGUGAUAGCUUCAUAAAUACUGAAGAUCAACUGCUAGAUGUGUUAGUUAAUCACGGACCAGUAGCAGUGGCAGUAAAUGCUCUUACUUGGCAAAAUUAUUUAGGUGGAAUAAUACAAUUUCACUGCGACGGUUCAUUUAAAAUGUUAAAUCAUGCAGUACAAAUAGUAGGGUACGAUAACACCGGAAAAAUACCUUAUUACAUCGUUAGAAAUUCAUGGGGUACUCUGUUUGGCAAUGAUGGAUAUAUUUAUAUAGCAAUAGGAAAUAAUUUAUGUGGAAUAGCAAAUCAAGUAUCAUCUUUAAAUGUUAUUUGGUAG